CCCGGCCUCGGAGCUGUGCCAAAUCCCAGCUCUCCUUCGCCCGUCCUCUCGCCAGCCCCUCCACCAGCAGAUCUGGGACCCACUGGGCACCAUGGCACAGAAGGGCCAGCUCAGCGAUGAUGAGAAAUUCCUCUUUGUGGACAAAAACUUUAUCAACAGUCCCAUGGCCCAGGCCGACUGGGUAGCCAAGAAGCUUGUGUGGGUCCCAUCAGAGAAGCAAGGCUUCGAGGCAGCCAGCAUCAAGGAGGAGAAGGGUGACGAGGUGGUCGUGGAGCUGGUGGAGAAUGGCAAGAAGAUCACAGUGGGCAAAGAUGACAUCCAGAAGAUGAACCCACCCAAGUUCUCCAAGGUGGAGGACAUGGCGGAGCUGACGUGCCUCAAUGAGGCCUCCGUUCUGCACAACCUAAGGGAGAGGUACUUCUCAGGGCUCAUCUAUACCUACUCGGGCCUCUUCUGUGUGGUGGUCAAUCCCUACAAGCACCUGCCCAUCUACUCGGAGAAGAUUGUGGACAUGUACAAGGGCAAGAAGAGGCACGAGAUGCCACCCCACAUCUACGCCAUCGCCGACACGGCCUACAGGAGCAUGCUGCAAGAUCGUGAGGACCAGUCCAUUCUCUGCACAGGUGAGUCUGGAGCCGGCAAAACAGAGAACACGAAGAAAGUCAUCCAGUACCUGGCUGUGGUGGCCUCCUCCCACAAAGGCAAGAAGGAUACCAGUAUCACGCAAGGCCCAUCUUUUGCUUACGGGGAGCUUGAAAAGCAGCUUCUACAAGCGAACCCCAUCCUGGAGGCUUUCGGCAAUGCCAAAACGGUCAAGAAUGACAACUCCUCUCGUUUCGGCAAGUUCAUCCGUAUCAACUUUGAUGUCACUGGUUACAUCGUGGGAGCCAACAUCGAGACGUACCUGCUAGAAAAGUCCCGCGCUAUUCGGCAAGCCAGGGAUGAGAGGACGUUCCACAUCUUUUACUAUCUGAUUGCUGGAGCCAAGGAAAAGAUGAAAAGUGACCUGCUUUUGGAAGGCUUCAACAACUACACGUUUCUCUCCAAUGGCUUUGUGCCCAUUCCAGCUGCCCAGGAUGACGAGAUGUUCCAGGAGACACUGGAGGCCAUGUCCAUCAUGGGCUUCAACGAGGAGGAGCAGCUGUCCAUCCUGAAGGUGGUGUCCCACGUCCUACAGCUUGGAAACAUUGUUUUCAAGAAGGAAAGAAACACAGACCAGGCCUCCAUGCCGGAUAACACAGCUGCUCAGAAAGUGUGCCACCUUGUGGGGAUUAACGUGACAGACUUCACGAGGGCCAUCCUGACCCCACGUAUCAAAGUUGGACGGGACGUGGUACAGAAGGCUCAGACAAAAGAGCAGGCUGACUUUGCCAUCGAGGCCUUGGCCAAGGCCACCUAUGAGCGCCUUUUCCGCUGGAUCCUGACCCGUGUGAACAAGGCCCUGGACAAGACCCACAGGCAGGGAGCUUCCUUCCUGGGGAUCCUGGAUAUUGCUGGAUUUGAGAUCUUCGAGGUGAACUCCUUCGAGCAGCUGUGCAUCAACUACACCAACGAGAAGCUGCAGCAGCUGUUCAACCACACCAUGUUCAUCCUGGAGCAGGAGGAGUACCAGCGCGAGGGCAUCGAGUGGAACUUCAUCGACUUCGGCCUGGACCUGCAGCCCUGCAUCGAGCUCAUCGAGCGGCCGAACAACCCUCCGGGUGUGCUGGCCCUUCUGGAUGAGGAGUGCUGGUUCCCCAAAGCCACCGACAAGUCUUUCGUGGAGAAGCUGUGCUCGGAGCAGGGCAACCACCCCAAGUUCCAGAAACCCAAGCAGCUCAAGGACAAAACCGAGUUCUCCAUCAUCCACUACGCCGGAAAGGUGGACUAUAAUGCGAGCGCCUGGCUGACCAAGAACAUGGACCCGCUGAAUGACAAUGUGACUUCUCUCCUCAACGCCUCCUCUGACAAGUUUGUGGCAGACCUGUGGAAGGAUGUGGACCGCAUCGUGGGUCUGGACCAGAUGGCCAAGAUGACGGAGAGCUCGCUGCCCAGUGCCUCCAAGACCAAGAAGGGCAUGUUCCGCACGGUGGGCCAGCUGUACAAGGAGCAGCUGGGGAAGCUGAUGACCACCCUGCGCAACACCACGCCCAACUUCGUGCGCUGCAUCAUCCCCAACCACGAGAAGAGGUCUGGCAAGCUGGACGCCUUCCUGGUGCUGGAGCAGCUGCGGUGCAACGGCGUGUUGGAAGGCAUCCGCAUCUGCCGUCAGGGCUUCCCCAACAGGAUCGUCUUCCAAGAGUUCCGCCAGCGCUAUGAGAUCCUGGCAGCCAACGCCAUUCCCAAAGGCUUCAUGGACGGGAAGCAGGCGUGCAUCCUUAUGAUCAAAGCCCUGGAACUUGACCCCAACUUGUACAGGAUCGGGCAGAGCAAAAUCUUCUUCCGCACUGGGGUCUUGGCCCACCUGGAGGAGGAGAGAGACUUGAAGAUUACCGAUGUCAUCAUGGCCUUCCAGGCGAUGUGUCGUGGCUAUCUGGCCAGAAAGGCCUUCGCCAAGAGGCAGCAGCAGCUGACGGCCAUGAAGGUGAUCCAGAGGAACUGCGCCGCCUACCUCAAGCUGCGGAACUGGCAGUGGUGGAGGCUCUUCACCAAGGUGAAGCCGCUGCUGCAGGUGACCAGGCAGGAGGAGGAGAUGCAGGCCAAAGAGGACGAGCUGCAGAAGUCGAAGGAGAGGCAGCAGAAGGCGGAGAACGAGCUGCGGGAGCUGGAGCAGAAGCACACGCAGCUGGCCGAGGAGAAGAGCCUGCUGCAGGAGCAGCUGCAGGCCGAGACCGAGCUGUACGCAGAAGCUGAGGAGAUGCGGGUCCGGCUGGCCGCCAAGAAGCAAGAGCUGGAAGAGAUCUUGCACGAGAUGGAAGCCCGCCUGGAGGAGGAGGAAGACCGGGGCCAACAGCUGCAGGCUGAGAGGAAGAAGAUGGCCCAGCAGAUGCUGGACCUGGAGGAGCAGCUGGAGGAGGAAGAGGCUGCCAGGCAGAAGCUACAGCUUGAGAAGGUCACGGCUGAGGCCAAGAUCAAGAAACUGGAGGAUGAUAUCCUGGUCAUGGAUGAUCAGAACAAUAAGCUUUCCAAAGAACGAAAACUCCUUGAAGAGAGGAUCAGUGACUUAACAACGAAUCUAGCAGAAGAGGAAGAAAAGGCCAAGAAUCUCACCAAACUGAAGAACAAACAUGAGUCUAUGAUUUCAGAGCUGGAAGUACGGCUGAAGAAAGAGGAGAAGAGCCGGCAGGAGCUGGAGAAACUGAAGCGGAAGCUGGAGGGUGACGCCAGCGACUUCCACGAACAGAUCGCCGACCUGCAGGCGCAGAUCGCGGAGCUCAAGAUGCAGUUAGCUAGGAAGGAGGAGGAGCUGCAGGCGGCCCUGGCCAGGCUUGAUGACGAAAUCGCCCAAAAGAACAAUGCCCUGAAGAAGAUUCGGGAGCUGGAGGGCCACAUCUCCGACCUGCAGGAGGACCUGGACUCGGAGCGGGCCGCCAGGAACAAGGCAGAGAAGCAGAAACGAGACCUGGGGGAGGAGCUGGAGGCACUGAAGACGGAGCUGGAGGACACCCUGGACAGCACAGCCACCCAGCAGGAGCUCAGGGCCAAGAGGGAGCAGGAGGUGACAGUAUUGAAGAAAGCUCUGGAUGAGGAGACGCGGUCCCACGAGGCGCAGGUCCAGGAGAUGCGGCAGAAACACACGCAGGCCGUGGAGGAGCUCACGGAGCAGCUGGAGCAGUUUAAGAGGGCCAAGGCGAACCUGGACAAGAGCAAGCAGACGCUGGAGAAGGAGAACGCAGACCUGGCCGGCGAGCUGCGCGUCCUGGGCCAGGCGAAGCAGGAGGUGGAGCAUCGCAAGAAGAAGCUGGAGGUGCAGGUGCAGGAGCUGCAGUCCAAGUGCAGCGACGGGGAACGCGCCCGCGCCGAGCUCAACGACAGGGUCCACAAGCUGCAGAAUGAAGUGGAGAGUGUCACAGGCAUGCUCAACGAGGCGGAAGGCAAGGCCAUCAAGCUGGCCAAGGAUGUGGCGUCCCUCGGGUCCCAGCUCCAGGACACCCAGGAACUCCUCCAAGAAGAAACCCGGCAGAAGCUCAACGUGUCCACCAAGCUGCGCCAGUUGGAGGAUGAGAGGAAUAGCUUGCAGGACCAGCUGGACGAGGAGAUGGAGGCCAAGCAGAACCUGGAGCGCCACAUCUCCACCCUGAACAUCCAGCUCUCCGACUCCAAGAAGAAACUGCAGGACUUCGCCAGCACCGUGGAAGCCAUGGAGGAGGGGAAGAAGAGGUUCCAGAAGGAGAUUGAGGGCCUCACCCAGCAGUACGAGGAGAAGGCUGCGGCGUACGACAAACUGGAGAAGACCAGGACCCGGCUUCAGCAGGAGCUGGACGACCUGGUCGUCGACUUGGACAACCAGCGGCAGCUGGUGUCCAACCUGGAAAAGAAACAGAAGAAGUUUGAUCAGUUGUUAGCAGAGGAGAAGACCAUCUCUUCCAAAUACGCGGAUGAGAGGGACCGAGCUGAGGCAGAGGCCAGAGAAAAGGAAACGAAGGCUCUGUCCCUAGCCCGGGCCCUGGAGGAGGCCUUGGAGGCCAAGGAGGAGCUUGAGAGGGCGAACAAGAUGCUGAAGGCCGAGAUGGAAGACUUGGUCAGCUCCAAGGAUGACGUGGGCAAGAAUGUCCACGAACUGGAGAAGUCCAAGCGCGCCCUGGAGACCCAGAUGGAGGAGAUGAAGACGCAGCUGGAGGAGCUGGAGGAUGAGCUGCAGGCCACAGAGGAUGCCAAGCUGCGGCUAGAGGUCAACAUGCAGGCCCUCAAGGGCCAGUUUGAGCGGGACCUCCAGGCCCGGGAUGAGCAGAACGAGGAGAAGCGGAGGCAGCUACAGCGGCAGCUACAUGAGUAUGAGACGGAAUUGGAAGACGAGAGGAAGCAGCGGGCCCUGGCCACAGCGGCCAAGAAGAAGCUGGAAGGGGACCUGAAAGAUCUGGAACUUCAGGCCGACUCGGCCAUCAAGGGCAGGGAGGAAGCCAUCAAGCAGCUUCGGAAACUCCAGGCUCAGAUGAAAGACUUCCAGAGAGAACUGGAAGAUUCCCGUGCCUCCAGAGAGGAGAUCUUUGCCACCGCCAAGGAGAACGAGAAAAAAGCCAAGAGCCUGGAGGCGGACCUCAUGCAGCUUCAGGAGGACUUGGCAGCAGCCGAGCGGGCUCGCAAGCAGGCUGACCUGGAGAAGGAGGAGCUGGCGGAGGAGCUGGCCAGCAGCCUAUCUGGAAGGAACACACUGCAGGAUGAGAAGCGCCGCCUGGAGGCCCGCAUCGCCCAGCUGGAGGAGGAGCUAGAGGAGGAGCAGGGCAACAUGGAGGCCAUGAGCGACCGGGUCCGCAAAGCCACCCAGCAGGCCGAACAGCUCAACAACGAGCUGGCCACGGAGCGCAGCGCGGCCCAGAAGAACGAGAGCGCGCGGCAGCAGCUGGAGCGGCAAAACAAGGAGCUCCGCAGCAAGCUGCAGGAAAUGGAGAGCACCGUGAAGUCCAAGUUCAAGUCCACCAUCGCGGCGCUGGAGGCCAAGAUCGCGCAGCUGGAGGAGCAGGUCGAACAGGAGGCCAGAGAGAAGCAGGCCACGGCCAAGUCUCUGAAGCAGAAGGACAAGAAGUUGAAGGAAGUCCUGCUGCAGGUGGAGGAUGAGCGCAAGAUGGCGGAGCAGUACAAGGAGCAGGCAGAGAAAGGAAAUGCCAAGGUCAAGCAGCUCAAGAGGCAGCUGGAGGAGGCUGAGGAGGAGUCCCAGCGCAUCAACGCCAACCGCAGGAAGCUGCAGCGGGAGCUGGAUGAGGCCACGGAGAGCAACGAGGCCAUGGGCCGCGAGGUGAACGCGCUGAAAAGCAAGCUCAGGCGAGGAAACGACACCUCGUUUGUUCCGCCCAGAAGGUCGGGAGGACGUAGAGUUAUUGAAAACGCGGAUGGUUCUGAGGAAGAAAUGGACACUCGGGACUCAGACUUCAACGGAACCAAAGCCAGUGAAUAAACUCAGAGUUUUGCACCACAGCAGGAAGGGGAAAAAAAGCAAACAAAAAACCAAAAAAACCCCAAAACACCAAACAAGAAAACCCAGCAGACUCUUAGCAUUGCUGUAACCCAACCUCAGAUUACAGACACAGGCCACCCCUCACUACGACAGCAAAGGCCUACCCUGCACACUGGGUGUGACUUUCAGGUUUUGGCAUCUAACUACCAGAGAAAACACUGUCAAGGAGACAGCAUGGCCUUGCUCUGCUGGACUAUGCAGAUAGUGGGUUUUUAGGAAAACAGCCGCAGUAACCAGUCACCAGCAACUGUUUACAUGGAAUGGGCGUCACUGUCCCCAACCUACCCCUAACUCAUCCCCGAACCUGCCAGCCCUCCGAUUUCCUGGGGAAGGUCCUAGUUUGAGAAUGCCCUUCCCUCUCCUGGUUGCCACACCUCAGACACACACGAGUUCACCAAGACCAAGUGCCUUCUGUAGUCACGUGUUAAAAGGAAACACUGGUCCUAGGGCUAGGAGCAGAGAGGCCACACUGACUUAUAUGCACCCAGGCUGUACCUACGGUCACUUCACUAAUAAAAGGUUAUAAAUCACCA